AGAAACUAUCAACUUAGCAUUGCCUUUGUCGUCCACGUUCUUUUAUCAAUUCUUAUCAUUCUGCACACAACAUGAACAAUUUUCUUAAAGAAAAUGGUCUGGACCACGCGAUUCCUACCUUUACAUAUCACAAGAUGGAAAUGGACUUAUUGAACGAUCUGACUGAAAAUGACAUUAAAGAAUUGCUGCCGGCAAUUGGCGACCAAAUAAGAUUCAAGGAGGGCCUCCAGAAAAUGCGUGAUCGAAAAAAGACGCGAAACUGUCGAGGAAGUAAGCCUCUGAAGGAAACCCCUGACGAGUCAAGUCAUGUAGGAAAUGAUGCUAAGAGAAAGGAAAUUGCUGUGCAAACAUUGAUAUCGCAUAAGAAGCUUACGGAAAAGCUGUGCAAUUCGGUAAUCAAAAUGAUAGCCGAUCACGUUUCUUUGUCGUUCUACCUUAAACAUCAAAAUGUUCUGAACAAGUGGGACCUGAUCAACUACAGAAAUGCCAGCCUCAAUUGUCCCUUUUGUACACGAGAUAUUGCCCUGCGAUAUCGACCAAAUACUGAAAGAUUCACGUGGAAUAUUUGCAGUUUUCAGCGUCAUUUGGACUGUGCGCAUUCAAAUCUUCCAAAAUUGAAAUUGAGAGCUGUUGGCGUUUGGGCGAAAAAGGAAAUUCUUGGCUCUAGAACUAGAUCUUGUUUUGUUGUUCCUUAUCGUAACAUUACAUUGUGAAGAAAUUUAAUA